AUGGAUAUAGGAACCGCUGCCGCUGCUCUCGUCGGAGGAGCUACAGUCGCAGGAUAUUUGAAUGCCAAGUUUCAUAUCCAGAAGGAUAUAUCAAGUUUGGUCACGGUGAAGCAUGCAGAACGACAAUAUGCCAAUGCCAUUAGUCAAAACCAAGGGAAUCCGUGGUUCGUCCUACUGCAGACCGUCAAGAAAUAUCCCGACAUGAUCUGUCUCUGGACUCGAGAGAGAUCAUACACCUACCGAGAACUCCAAGACCAAGCCUGCCAAUAUGCCCAUUUCUACUUAUCACAGGGCGUGAAGAAAGGCGACCUCGUGGCCCUUUACCUCCAGAACAGUAACGAGUACAUCGUCGCAUGGGUGGCCCUUUGGAGUAUUGGCUGCGCCCCCGCCGCCAUAAAUUACAACCUCACCGGCGCCGCACUACUACACUGUCUAAAGAUCAGCGAUGCGACCAUUCUGCUUGUCGACGAAGAUGCCGACUGUGCCGCCCGCGUCGAAGAAAGCCUCGACGCGAUUACAGGCAAUUUGGGAAUGAAGCCGAUGACCCUGGAUAGCUCCUUGAAGGCGCAUGUCAGUACUUUCCCAACAACGCUCCCGCCCAAGGAGCUGAGCAAGCAUGUAGCCGGUGACUUCCCGGCAAUUCUCCUAUAUACCUCUGGCACCACGGGUAUGCCCAAGGGCUGUGCGUUUACAAUGUCCAGACUCUAUACCACUCUCUUCGUCCGCCGUGCCCUGGUGCGAGACACGCCCGGCCCAGCCGGCGAUCGCUGGUACAGCUGUAUGCCCUUGUACCAUGGCACGGCAGCUAUUUCCAUGAUCUCAUGUCUGGUAAUGGGACUGAGCAUCGCGAUCGCGCCCAAGUUUAGCGUCAGUAGAUUCUGGAAAGAUGUUCGCGACUCAGAGUCGACUACGUUCGUGUAUGUUGGCGAGACUGCUCGUUAUUUGCUCGCGCCGCCUCCAUCGCCUCAAGACCGGAAUCACAAGGUCCGCUGUAUGUACGGUAACGGUCUCCGGCCGGAUAUUUGGGAGCGGUUCCGUGAGCGGUUUGGAGUCGCUGAAGUUGGGGAGUUCUUUAAUAGCACAGAAGGUGUCUUUGGUCUCUUCAACUACAAUCGCGGUCCUUUCACGUCUGGCAGUGUCGGUCACCAUGGUUUGAUCAUGCGUGGUAUAUUGCAUAAUGUCUUUAUUCCUGUUGCCAUUGACCCUGAGACUGGAGACAUUCUGCGGGAUUCUGAGACCGGCUUUGCGGUUCGCGCUCCGUAUGAACAAGGAGGGGAAAUUAUCGUUAAAGUUCCCGGUGAAGAAGCUUUCCAGGGGUAUUGGCACAAUGAUGAGGCGACCAAUAAGAAAUUCUUACGGGAUGUGUUCAAGAAGGGGGACCUCUAUUAUCGAUCUGGCGAUGCUCUGCGUCGGCAGAGCGAUGGCCGUUGGUACUUCCUCGAUCGACUUGGAGAUACUUUCCGCUGGAAGAGCGAGAACGUAGCAACUGCCGAGGUUUCAGAGGUUCUAGGCCAAUUCCCUGGCAUCACCGAAGCCAACGUCUACGGCGUCCGUCUUCCCAAUCACGAGGGACGAGCCGGGUGUGCAGCAAUUCAAAUUAGCCCAGAUGCUCGUCAGGCAUUUGAUUACACAGAACUGGCGAGAUUCGUACGCUCCAAGCUGCCGAAAUAUGCUGUGCCCCUGUUCCUUCGCAUCGUGGAGAAUCCCACUCAUAUUCACAACCAUAAGCAAAACAAAGUGCCGCUUCGGGAUGAGGGGGUUGAUACUACCUUAAUUGGAACUAAAGCCCCUGAGGGUAAAGAUGACCACUUCUUGUGGAUUGCGCCUGGUGACGAGAGCUAUUCACCGUAUGGACAGAAAGAGUGGGAGCAAUUGUCGACUGGGAGUGCUCGGUUGUGA